UGAGAAAAAUCACGUGGCCUGAUUUAAUCAACUUUCGUAGAUUUGUCUAGUUUUUUUAUUUAUUUCUAUAAACUUUUUGAAACAUACAUUUUAAAUGUAGUGAAGUUUUUAAUAAAAAAAAAUGUUAUUGGUUUCUUACCGAAAUGGCAGAAUAUGUGAUAUUUAUAAAUACGUGUUAUGUAUCUAGAUUAUUGACAUGGAUUUUGCGGCUGUGGACGCUACAAUACAAGCUAUAAUAGGCCGAUCAGAUUUUGUUGGUGGUAUUGAUAACGAAGCACUCGAUUUUUCACAACUUGAAGCAUUUAUAAAUAGCGGUGAUGGUAGUCCUGAAGGACAUACUGGCCCGGCAUCAUAUUUUGCGGAUUCAUUACAAGCUGAUAAUACUGUUGUUGUUAAUGGCGGCGGGAAUAAUGGUGCUCCUGGACCCCCUGGACCUCCGGGUGGUCCCCAACAACCAAAUACAAAUCCUGGAAAUAAUGGUACACAAUCUCCAACUGGUAAUAAUGUUGGUCGUGGUAAAUUGGUUAAUGUUAUUAUUGAUACUAAGAGACAGGGCCAUCAUUUACCCGAAAGUCCACCAGAUUCAGGAUCAGAGCAUCCAUACAGUCCAGCCGAAACAACAGAUCCACAUCCACAACAGUUAGCAACUGAUAUAGCAUUAACAAAUGGCAUAUACACAACACUUAGUCGAGUUACAAACCCAACAAAUACAAAUCCAACAAUGCAACAAACAAAUGGUACAACAUUAUUUAAACAUCAUUCACAACAACCGAAUUCAAACCAACAAGUGAAUAACAACAAUGGAGAGAUGAUAAAUCAAAUGUUAUCAGCACCGGAUCAUAUUUUAUUGGGAAAUCAUCCGACACAACAUCAUCAGAUUCUAACACUUGGAAAUACACCACAAACUGUUAAUAGAUGUUUAGAAACAUCACAGGGGUGUGUUUUAAUACAGACACCGGCCACAGAUGUACAGAGCCAUCACCUACUACAACCAGCAUCACGGCGAGAUCCAAAUAUCGUUGAUAUCGGACAAAAUCGUAAUGAUUAUAAUCGAACUGACUUCAAAUUGCCAUUAGGACAUGAUUUAGACACAGUGAUGAUGCAACAAACACCGGUUGGACCACGUACACCACGCCGAGAUUCAAACUUAACAGAAUUAUCACAAAAUCGCAACGAUUACAAUUCAAAUCGUACCGACUUAAAAAUGACUUUCAGUACACACGAUUUAGAUUCAGUUAUGAUACAAUCACCAAUGGGUCCUCGUGUAACAAUUGGUGCACCGUUGUCACACUCACAAAUGGACGCAAAUUUAGAAAAUAUGCAAGCUGUGUAUACAAAUUUACAGAACGUGUCUAAAAAACGGAAGCUAUCUCAAGAUAUCCCGCUUGUGAAAUCCGAACCAGUUAAUAAUGUAUUUGUAGAAUUAAGUCCCGAUUGUGGAUCUCGACCAACAGCAUGCAGUCCAAUGGACCCAGCUGAAGAGUACUCAUUAGAUGUAAGUGUGAGUGCAAGUGGGGCUGAUUCAAGUGGUGGGCCAGGAUCAACAAACGGGAAUUUAUAUGGUGACGGUUCAUAUCAAUGUAUACAAUUUAAGGAGUUUCAAGAAGGAUCCUGGCAUUUUCUUGCUGAUCAUCAAAAAAAUAUUUUACCGAUUCCAUUUUAUAAAGUGGAUGCCGAUAAAGGAUUUAAUUUUUCAAAUGCAGAUGAUGCAUUUGUCUGUCAAAAGAAAAAUCAUUUUCAAAUUACUUGCCAAAUUCAAUUACGAGGAGAUGCGAAAUUUGUAAAAGUUAACGAAGGACAUUAUGAGGAAAUUGUUAGUUUUCAUUUACAUUUUUAUGGAGUGAAAUAUGAAUCACCAGAUCAAGAAAUUAAAGUAGAACAAAGUCAAAGUGAUCGAUCAAAGAAACCUUUUUAUCCUGUUUUUGUCGACUUAAGUACCGAUCGAAUAACCAAAGUAACUGUUGGAAGACUACAUUUUAGUGAAACAACGUCAAAUAAUAUGCGAAAAAAGGGUAAACCAAAUCCAGAACAACGUUAUUUCCAAUUAGUGGUUGGUUUAUACGCACAUAUUUCAGCUGAUCCAAAAGUUAAACCAUAUCCAAUAACUUUAUUGGCCUCAAAUCGAAUCAUCGUUCGGGCAUCAAAUCCUGGACAAUUUGAAAGUGACAUUGAACCAUGUUGGCAAAAGGGAUCAACUAAUGAAUCAAUAUAUCACGCGGGGAAAGUGGGAAUUAAUACAGAUCGACCUGAUGAAGCUUUAGUGGUACAUGGAAAUUUAAAAUUGACAGGUCAUAUAGUACAACCUAGUGAUUUACGGGCUAAACAAAACAUAAAAGAAUGUGAUACAUCUGAACAAUUAGAAAUAGUUAAAAAUCUACGUUUAGUUCGUUAUGAAUAUCAACCAGAAUUUGCUUUGUAUUCUGGUAUGAGUCGUAAACCCGAUCAUGUUGAUAUCGGUGUAAUCGCACAAGAAGUUGCACAAGUUUUACCCGAAGCUGUUAGUGCUGCAGGAAGUAUUAUUUUGCCAAAUGGAAAAUCUAUAGAUAAUUUUUUAGUUGUUAAUAAGGAACGUAUAUUUAUGGAAAGUGUAGGUGCCGUAAAAGAAUUAUGCAAAGUAACAAAUAAUUUAGAAAAUCGUAUUGAUCAACUGGAGCGAAUGAAUAAACGUUUGAAUAAAUUCAAGCGUGGAGAUAGUUUAAAAUCUACAGCAAGUACAGUUACAACAAAUGGAAAAACGCAACAUAAUCAUUUCCAUACACAGAAAUGCUAUGUGAAGCAACAUAAAUGUUCCAAACGCGAUGAGCCAGAGGAUGAAAUAUGUUCAAAUAAUGUUAUACAAAUAACAAUUGUUGUACUUGUAAUUAUAAUGGCUUUAUGUCUAGCAGCAAUAACAACCUUAUAUUUUAUUGAAUUACAAAACCACAAUCACAAAUACUAUGAUAGGUUAUCGAAGAACUUCAACAAAAUGCAAACAUCACCUUCAUUAACCGAACAACCAUUUACAUCUGUAACAAAUUCCUUACUGAACUUAGGCGUAAGUUAUUUAUCUCAACGAAAUACAGUAACAAAUACAAAAAUUUUACAAAAAACUCGACCGUGGAUCAAAGAUAAUGAAAUCAUUAAUAUAAAUAGUAAUCAAGAAGAUGAAAUUAGAACACGAGCACCAAAUAUUUAUAGUACUGAAUCAUCGAAUUCCUUAUCACAAAAUUUAAAUGUGCCACGUACACCAAUGGCCAUAGGUCGACCAAGUUUUUGUAAUUCAGAUUUAGAAUUGGAGGGGAGCUCCAAUUGCCAAGUGUAUUGUUGUUCACAAGAUUCGAUUGAUACACAUAGUGGGGAGAAUAUUGAAUUGGAUGAUGAACGACAAGCAAAUGAUAAGAAUUUUACUGAUUUGUCGUUAAUUAAUAAUAAAGAGAAAAUUCCUAAGUCGAUUCAUGUGAAUAAUAUUUCACGAAAAGAGAUUCGAGAACGUCGUGAUACUGAUGAUAAAUAUUCAGAUUGGAGUGAUAUUUAUUCGGAUUCAGAAUCAUCAGAGAAUUUUUUCUCUGUUAUAAUUCAAGGGCGGCAUUUUAAUGCAAGUUUAGGAGCUGACUAUUGUUACGAUUGUAACUUACCUAUGAAUUUGACCUACAACGUACCUAUUUCCAAAUAUAUGUCAGAAGAUUAUAUCUAUAUUAAUUUUCAAAAUACACAUGCAAAUAUACGAGAAUUAGAGUUUUGUUAUAACACAGCUCAACACAGUGAUUGUGGCGUACAACAAAACGAUUGGAAUGAACAACAGCAAAUCAGUCAAACAAAGAAUACAAAAGAAUUAUUAUUGUCUCAAAUUGAUGAGAAAAAUGGUUUUCGUACUCAUGGUCGUCGAUUUGAGAUCGAUAUGAUUGGCGUGUUUCGAAAAAUUUUAACAUAUCGUGCAUCACUUUUAACUAAUAAUCAGAAUGUCUGUGAUUUACCAGCAUCUAAAUUAGGCAUUAAUUUCCUUGAGUACAAUUUCAAUUUCUAUCGUGAUUGUGAUGAAUGAAUAAAUAAAAAACUCCUAUCACAAUUCAAAUUUUUUCUAGAUAAAUAUUUUAGAAAUAUUUUCA